AACUGCGACAUAAACCCCACUCCACCACUCUGAGCAAAACCGGAAGUAGGCACAAGUGAAGCAUCUCGCUUCACUACAGUUGCGGAUGUAGCCUGAAGAAAUCAAAACAACUGUGGGAAAUAAGCGGCUGGCUGGAUGCUACUCUGUAUCUACACUUAACCAGACCGAGUAUUUGUCUUAGAAAGAGACUUUCACCAUGUCGAACAUGGACAAGCACUUGUUCAACCUCAAGUUUGCUGCCAAGGAGCUACAGCGCAACUCCAAGAAGUGUGACAAAGAGGAAAAGGCAGAAAAAGCCAAAGUGAAGCAGGCUAUCCAGAAAGGUAAUAUGGAGGCAAGCAGGAUUCAUGCAGAGAAUGCCAUCCGUCAGAAGAACCAGUCCAUUAACUUCUUGAGGAUGAGUGCCCGUGUGGAUGCUGUGGCAUCCAGAGUCCAGACUGCUGUGACUAUGAACCAGGUAUCUAAAUCCAUGUCUGGAGUGGUCAAGUCUAUGGAUGCUACACUGAAAAGCAUGAACCUAGAGAAGAUCUCUGCGUUAAUGGACAAGUUUGAAAAUCAGUUUGAAACUCUUGACGUGCAGACAGCUCAGAUGGAAGACACAAUGGGCAACACCACCACUCUGACAACACCUCAGAAUGAAGUGGAUAUGCUGUUGCGUGAGAUGGCAGAUGAAGCAGGGUUGGAUCUUAACCUGGAGCUUCCUUCAGGCCAGACAACCUCACUUGCUUCAUCUGUGGCAUCAACUGAACAGGAUGAGCUCUCCCAGAGGCUGUCCAGAUUGCGAGACCAGGUGUCAUAAUGAUGCAAGAAAGAAAUAUUCAUGAGGAGGGAGAAGAACAAGGGACGAGGAAGAGACUGGCAGUGAAAAGAGUGAAAGAAAAAAAUGGAAAAUAAACGCAAAAGACGCCAUGCGACUGCAAACUCUGUGUUCCAGGUUUGUCCUCUUCUCUGAAUAAUAAAGAAGCUGUUUUAUAACUGAAAGAGACUGUUAUAAGAGAGGAAAAAACAGUCCUGGUAAUAACCGCAUCACCUUAAAUCCUUCUUUAAUAAGAUUCAUUUGCACAUUUUUAUUUAACAUGUAUUGUGAUUAUUUAUUAUCUCAGCAUCCGGACAUUACUGUGUUGGCAUGCCUCUUUAUUUUAAAGUGGUUCUUCAUGGGCAAUUUCCCAAAAGCUGCAACAUUUCUUGGGCAAAUUGUUGAGAAAAAACAGCUGUUAGAGUCUAACAGCUAAUACCUCAUUCCAAAAUAAUUAUAUGUAUUAAAGAGCAAUAUAGUUAUUUAUUUAUUUGUGUAUUUAUUUGUUUGUUUAUUUAUUUAUUGACUGACUGACUGGAUAUUGCUAAGAGCAUGCUUGUACUGUCACUGUUUUGUGUCUUACCUGCAUGACUGAGGAUGACGGGACCUCUAGUAUUGUUGCCUUGUUACAUUAUAUUUUCUCAAAAAGAGGGCUCACUGUAAAUGUUAACCGUUGAGUAUGCUUCAAAGAAUGCUACAUUAUUUUUAGUUAGUUUUUUUUUUUUAUUUCAUGCAGCAGUAACCACUCUUGCCAUAGUGGCUCACCACUGCUUGAGGGAUUUAUUAUAAACAGUUACAGGCUCACUGUACUGUAUAUGCAAAGACAGAAAGUCAUUAAAAGAGUUUUUAACAUGU